AGAAACAAGGGCAGAUAACCUCUAUCACUAUUUUGCUCCAAAAAAAUAUUUCUUUGUCUUUCUUCUUGUGUAAAAGUUGCUUCGCUUUCGAAAUAUAUUUUAAAUUAUUUAUUGUUGCUUCCAAUUCCACAAGUAACAUAAAGGCAAUUCUAGAAUUACCAAGUUAAUUUUGAUAUCAGUUAUUUAUUAAAAUAAAGCGGGACGUGUUGUUUAUAGUUGUUUUUAUAUCACGAAGUUGCAAGAUGGCAGAAGAAAAGAAAAUAUUAGGCAGUGAAAAGGAGAUGAUGGAGUUACCAGCCAAACGGCCAAAAGUAGAUCUUCAAUGCCUGCCAACAAGAGCUUACCUUGACCAAACUGUUGUCCCUAUUCUACUUCAAGGAAUGUCAGCAUUAGCAAAAGAAAGGCCUCCUAACCCAAUUGAAUAUCUUGCUUCGUAUUUACUGAAGAACAAGAACCAGUAUGAGAAUUAAUGUUUUUUUCUGGCGCCGUUACUUGACUUUAUAAUUUGUACAUAGCUGUGUAUAUCUUACUCUUCAUACAAG